CUGAGAGAUUGGAAUUUAGUAGCAAUGAAAAUAUUCCAUAAGAGUGGUUCGAAAGUGACACUCCCGCUUAGCAUGAUCUUCGUUUCGAAUCAUAAAUAUCCCUCUACCUAAGCUAAUCCUGACAUUAUAAAAACCGGAGCUCAAACACAAAAACUCUCCCCUGCUUCGCAAUCCCCACCACUGACGACCUAAUUAAAACUGGCCCCUCCAUCCCUCCUGCCACAGUGCUCUCAAGUCUCAAGUCUCAAGUCUCAUCUCAUCCUGCCCCACCGAGAAACGGAGAACGAACGAGAAUGCCGCGCCACCUGCUGCAGCAUUCCGUCGACCGCCUGGCCGCGAUGGCCGCGCCGCCGGGCGUGGUGGCCGGUGGUGGGACGAGCGUGCACACGGACACGAUCCUCAUCCUUGCCGCGGUGCUCUGCUUCCUGCUCUGCGUGGCCGGGCUGGCCAUGGUCGCGCGCUGCUCCAGGCUCUGCAACCCCUCCGCCUUCUCCGUCCACGCAAUGGGCAAAGCCCCGUGCCAGGGGCUCAAGAGGAAGGCGCUGGAGUCGCUGCCUACCGUGUCCUGGAGGCCGGAACAGGAGAAGGAGGAGCGGCCGGAGUGCGCCAUCUGCCUGGCGGAGUUCGCGCGCGGCGACGAGGUGCGCGCGCUCCCGCACUGCGGCCACGGCUUCCACGCCGCCUGCGUCGACGUGUGGCUCCUCUCCAACUCCACCUGCCCCUCCUGCCGCCGCGCCCUCGUCGUCGCGGCCGCCCACUCUCCUCGGCCGCCGGGCGCCGGCACAGUAGCCGACGAGACCGGACGGGGGGCGUCCGUGUCUGACGUUUCUUUUGUCAGCUAGCUCUUUUGGUUGGCACUUGUGCAGCUGAUACGUACAAUAUGCAACUGUAGAGCGUGCGAUCGUGCAUCACUAGUUAAUUUCUGUAUGUAACACAUUUCAGCUGUAAAUACUUGUAGGUCGAUCGCCUUCAGUUGAUUGAUUACCACAGUAACAAAUUCUGUC